AGAGCGCCCCCUAUCUUUUAAUGCCUGCAACAGCUUUCCCAAUGGAGGAAGGAGGAGGAGGAGGCCGGAGAGGAUGCGGUUCUUCCCUGCCACCGAACAAAGUGGAUGAGAAAUACCAUGUAUUUAUUCUGGAAAGUUAAGCAGUAGCUGAGCCUGACACCAUUUCCUGCCACUGCGGAGGAGGAGGAGGAGGAUGGCAUCCCAGUUCACGGAGGAAGCCGUGCAGGGGUUCCUGUCGGAGAGAGGAGGGAGGGUCCAACAGAUGGAGCUGAUGGAUCAUUUCUUAUCUCACCGCGGGUGUAAUAAUGACCAGUCGGACGAAGGGGUGUAUCGUGAAGUGCUGCGGCGCAUCGUCGACAGCGUGUGUUUGGUGAAGGUGGAGGACGGGGUGAAAUAUGUGUGUUUGAACGCCGAAAGGAGCGCGAUGCGUUCGGACUCGGGCUGCCCGGAUCAAGCGGAAUGCAACGGCAACAUCCGAGAGGCGCUGGACAACAAACACGUGAAUGGCAAUCCUGAAAAUGGAGUCCAAACAGAAGCACCACUUGCCAGCUUGGACAAUAAUAAACAGUCAAAUGGCAACGAGAAUGAGGCCAGGUCUCAGUGUAGAGCCAACGCCAGGACUCCUGCAGCAUCUACAGGUGGAGGGGAGGUGAGGCUGAGGGACAGGAGGAGGCGAGAGUCAGCCCCUGUUAUUGCUAUACAGGAUCUGGACCAGGGCCACCCUGCUGGGCCACACUGCCAGCAGGUGCGAGGGGCCCGCCGGGUCUCCAAGGGAUCCCAGAGAGCCAUCCUGACCAGCUGCUUGUCUGAGGACAGCGCGCUGGAGGGGCUGGAGUCCAUUGGGGAUAUUCAAACACCCAAAGGCAGUCGCAGGAACUUCAUAGAGCUGAUGAUGAGUACUUCUCCUCAGGUUCGGAGGUCACUGAUCAACCGAGGGCCCCGUGUCCGGGACUCCCUGAGGAGUGAAGGCGACUCGGCGUCCCUCCUCUCCUCAGCCACCGACGAGGAUUGUGCUUUGGUGACUCUGGACCCGCUGGAGCACGAGUGGAUGCUCUGCGCCUCUGACGGCAUGUGGGAGAGUCUGCAGGCGCUGUUGGCCGUGGAGCCCAGCCUCGUGGCCAAAAGGGACUUCGUGACGGGCUUCACCUGCCUCCACUGGGCGGCGAAGCAGGGCAAAACCGAGCUGCUGUCCCAGCUGCUGACCUUCGCCAAGAAGAACGCCGUACCUUUGAAUGUGAAUGUGAGAUCUAGUGCUGGAUACACACCACUACACCUGGCGGCCAUGCAUGGUCACACACAGGUGGUUCGGCUGCUGCUGUCAGACUGGGAGGCGGACCCUGAAGUUCGGGAUUACAGCGGGAGGCGAGCCAUCCAGUACCUGUCCCCGCCGUUGGCUGCUGACCUGCAGCAGGAAGGAGUGGUCACCUCACCGACCGCCGAAUCGGACGCCGAGAACGGCAGCGGAAGCAAAGGUGGAGGGCGAGGCUGGAAGCUGGCCCGGGUUCUGCAGGCCAACCUGAAACCGCUGCGCCGACUCAACCUGUCGGCCGAAGCGACGGAGGAGCCGGCGGGGAACGGGAAGCCCAAGGGGGCCCUGCAGAGGAAGACGUCCCUCAGCCGGCUGAACGCCAAACUGCAUCGUGGGCGCCACCGGGCCCAGAUCAUCCACAGCGCCUCCUUUAGGGACUCUGGAGAGGUGGAGAUAGGAGAAGACGCAAGCAGCAGUCCACUUCGGACAAGACCUCUGUCCAGCCUGUUUGGGUGAAGUACAACCAGCAAUAUAUCAAGCAAUUCCAUCUACAAAUCUCAGAGUUUUUGUACAAAAUAAACAAAAACAAGCUGAUUUAGAGAAUUUUUCCUAUAGAAAUGGUCACUUUUUCUCCUGAGCUUUAAUUUAUUUUUGUUCCGAAUGCAGUGAGUGCUUUUUCUGCCAAUCACACAAACCUGUUAAACCAAUUUCUUUAAACCCAAAUUAGACCAGCGUAUCCUAAUAUACUCAACUUUCUCCUGGUUUUCUGUCUUUUAAGGCCUUGUUUGAUGAAAAGUAGCAACAGUAGAAUUCUGUUCACAUAAAUAGAUGUAGCAUCACUGUCGGUCGAAAGCACUUUCAAGUGGUUCCCCGUAACAACAUUUGUUUACAGAGUCGUAUAUUUCUAGUCUUUUGGACCUGAAUGAUUUCACUUUCCUGUAUAGGAGUGGUGCUGAAGCUUUCCUUUUUUUUGUACAUUUCUGAGAAAAUGGAUUUAUUUUAUGAAGAACAGAGUUUAAUAUUUACCGUUCUGGUAUUGAUCAACCUUUUACACUCAACCUGUUUGCACUCGUCACUUUGAAGUUUGUAGCUGAUUUAAGGAAUAGAACCACAUAAUCUAAAUACACUAAUAGAUAUAAAAAAAGUUAGUUUUAAGUCACUUUUAUUUUCCAGAUUUUAUCUGUUAUGUUGAUGAAUCCUAACCUCUCACUUAUGUUUUCAAUCAUUUAUUUGACACUUUUAUUAAAGAAAAAAAUGGAAGCACACAAUAUAUAAAUACAUUUUUGUAAAAUUACUAUUAGCAUCAACCCUCUCAUCUUUCCUGUAACCUAACAUGUUAUAUGGAAUUUCAAUAUGUGCUGUCCUUGUUGGGGUUUUUUAUUUGGCAAUCACUUCUUUAUCACACUAGUCGGUUCCUAGACUUCCUUAAAUAUGCCAAUCUUCCUCACUCUGCAACAUCCUGGAUUUAUCCAAGGAUGUCUUUUCAAUUUUGUAAUAUUUAUAGUAAAUUUGUGUAAUAAAAUGAUCUUUUCUCAGCGGCACUGACUGGAUGGGAAAAAGUAAAAGCUGUUUUGUUUGAAUGUAAAUAGUUUGGUGUAUUCGUGUUUGUGAAGAACUGUGACGUGUCUCUGUGCUGUGAAAUCUUUUUAACAAGCAAACGUUGUUCUUUGAAUUGUUUGGAAAUUAAAAAGAAAAAGGGGGAAACAUGAGUUUUCA